AUGCAACAACUCCCCUGCGGCUGCCGCCGCGCCGGCCGCCGCAACUGCAUCGAGCCCAACUGCCCCUCCGAAUCCGAAGUCUCCCGCAACGACCUCUAUUUCUGCCCCAUCGCCCGCCAGCGCAACCUCCACCGCACCGGCGAACCCGAACUCUGUCCCGUCGAGCUGCCCGCGGCCAGCUACACGCAAAUUGUCUGCACAGGAAGAUGUGCCAAGCAUCGCAAGCAGAUGGAGGAUAAUUUGCAGAGAGAGAAGAGGAGGGAGCAAAAAGAAAGGGAGAGGAGGAGGGAGUUGGAAAGGGAGAGGUGGAGGGAGUUGGAGAGGGAGAGGGAAAGGGAGGAGAGGGAGAGGAAUGGGGAGAUGGGGUUGGGGUUGGGGUUGAUUAGGGAGGAAGGGGUGGUUGAGAAUGGGGAUGGGGAUGUGAGUGGAAAUGGGAUGGAUGCGAAUGAGAGGGUGCAUGUGAGGGCGGUGUUGGAUGCCCGUGAGAGGGCGAGGACGGAAGGUUUGAAGGUGGAGCAGGAGCAGGCUUUGAGAGAGGUGGAUGAGAGUGGGCUGGGAUGGGUGGAUGAGGGUUUGAAGAGGGUGACUCUGGAUGAGGAGAGGGAGAAGAGGGUGGUGGAGGAAAAAGAGAAGGAGGCGGAAAAUGAAAAGGAGAAGGGAAAUGAGAAGGAGGAGGAAAAAGAGAAAGAAGAGGAACAAAUAGUGAAGUGGAACUACAGGACGAAGGAAGACAGGGUGAAGGUAUGGAGAGAAAUGGAGAAGCAGGAGAGGAUGGAGAAGGCGAGGAAAAGGUACACUGGCAUUAACGCCUUGGGGAAAGUAAAAGCGGCAACGGCAAUGUUGGAAGAAAUGGUAGCAAAGGACGACUGGAAAGAAGAUGCCAGGGAUGGUAAUGAGGGAAUGGCUGAAGCGCGGAGAGUAUCGGAAGCGCGCAGAGUCUCGGGGGCGCUGCGCCGUCAUGGGAAUGAGACUAACCCGGACAUGAGCUCGAUGGUGGCUAAUCCUAGAAGUGUCUCCGGGAGCUCCAUGCCCCGACCGGCCGGGGGUGAAGCACGGAGAACCUCGGGGCAGCUGCGGCGUCAUGGGAAUGAAACUGACAGCUCGGUGAUGGCUAACCCUAGUAGGAGUGUCUCUGGGAACUCCGUGACCCGGACCCGACCGUCGGCAGGGGGUGCUUAUGAGGACGUUGAGAAUGAGUUCAACAGGAGGGUGGAUGAGGCUGGGGAUGAUUUGUAUGAUUUGGAAUAG